AUCGCUCUCCGAUACUACUCAACUUUUAUUUUUCUACACUAACCCUCUUACCUCCACCAAGUCACUAUGGCCAAGGGAAAGAAGUCCGCUGAUGCGAAGGGCAGCCAGAAGCGUCAGAAGAAGGUCCUCCGCGAUAAUAUUCGUGGGAUUACGCGCGGUUCGAUCCGCCGCCUCGCCCGUCGUGGAGGGGUCAAGCGGAUUUCGAGCGAAAUCUACGAGGAAAUUCGGCGGGUUUUGAAAGGAUUCGUCGAGGGAGUUGUGCGGGAUGCGACCUCGUACACGGAGUACAGCCACCGCCGAACGGUGACUGCCUCAGAUGUGGUCAAUGCGUUGCGAAAGCGCGGCCACAUUCUUUACGGCUAUGCAUAAAUCCAUCGAUAUAUAUAUCCAUUUGUAUAUAUCGAUGCGGGAGAGUGAACACCACCAGAAAUACGACCGAAGGACGAGGUGGGGUGUGGAAGAGGGAUGGGGGAUGGGUAGAGAGGACAUUUGUCAUUUUUACCUCCCCUUUCUUCUUCCUCAAAAAUGGCUCUAACCCCCCUCCUUUAACACCACCGCGAACCGAAGGGCCCACUCUCUGCGAUUUACGCUAGCAUCUCCAUUUAUAGAAGUUUUUUUCUUUUUAUUAUUAUUAUUAUUUUGGCUAAAAUUCCGGAAUUUAUUACCCUUUUUUCACUGAUAUAAAAUACACCGAACUGUUAA